AUGUUCAGGUCCUUAGUCCAAAGACGGUUUGCCAGUAGUGCUACAUCUGCUGCUGUGAAAAGAGCUGGUGUUUCUGGUUCAAAUGGUUCAUCUGGGGGUUCCAGAUUCUUGAAGUUUACGGUAUACGGUACUGGGUUCCUAGGAGCUGGGUUUUUGAUUGAUAAAUACUAUUUCGAUUCAGCUUGGUCGAGAACUGCUAAAUCAUUCUAUGUUCUAGCUAGGAUCGGGUAUGAUUAUAAGUUCAAAUUCAAUGAACAACAUGAUAUUGCUGCUCUACAUGAGGAAAAUGCUGAUAGAUUUUUCAAUUUGUUAAAUGAAAACAAAGGUCUUUAUAUCAAGUUAGGUCAAAACAUUGCUAACCAAGCAUCUAUAUUACCACCUGCAUUCCAAAAGAAAUUCGCUAAGUUAUAUGACUCUGCUGCUGAAGAUCCUUGGGAGAAGGUUGAUAUGAUUUUACAACAAGAAUUGGGUACUAAUUAUAAUGAUUAUUUCAACUAUAUUGAGAAAAAACCAAUUGCAAGUGCUAGUAUAGCUCAAGUUCAUAAGGCAGAAUUGAAAACAGGUGAGCAAGUCGCAUUGAAAGUUCAACAUUACUAUAUUGCAAAGCAAAUUGAUGCUGAUUUAAUGACUUAUAGAGUAUUCACCAAGAUUUAUGAAUAUUUCUUCGAAAUACCAGUUAGUUUUACAUCUCAAUACAUUUGUGAUCAUCUAAAGGAAGAAGUUGAUUUCAGAAUUGAAUUACAAAAUGGUGAAAAGGUUAGAAAGUUCAUUGCUGAUGAUGGUUAUUUACAUAAUAAAGUUCAUGUUCCUAUAAAUUAUCAAGAUUUAUCAACAAAGAGAAUCUUAGCUUCUGAAUGGUGUGAUGGUCUCCCAUUAACUGAUUAUCAAGAGUUAAAAACACAAUAUAAUACAAAAAAAAUCAUGAAAUAUUACCUUGAAUUGUUUUCCAAAAUGAUUUUCCAAUGGGGGUUUGUUCAUUCAGAUCCACAUCCAGGUAAUUUACUUGUUAGAUAUAAUAAGAACACCAAAAUACAAGAAAUCGUACUAUUAGACCAUGGAUUAUACGUUGAAUUUCCAGAAUCAUUAAGGUAUGAAUAUUGUGCCCUUUGGAAAAGUUUGUUUGAACUUAAUGAUAAAGAAUUGAAAAAAAUUGCAAUAAAAUGGGGGAUUGGUUCAGAACAAUCAGAUAUGUUUGCAAGUUUUUCUUUAUUAAAACCAUAUCAUAAAAGUGGUGAAAACUUGGCAAAACUUUCAAAUUUUGAAAGACAAGAAUAUAUGAAAGAAAAUUUCAAGAAAUUUUUCCAAGAAACUGAGAAAUUCCCACUUGAGUUAAUCUUUUUAGGCAGAUCUAUGAGAAUGAUUCAAUUAUUAAAUCAAAAAUAUAGAGCACCUGUUAACCGUAUCAAUUUGUUUACAAGAGAAGCUGUUAAAGGUUAUUACUUAAAUGAGCCGGAUGUUAAACAUCCAGGAUUCUGGUAUAGAUUUGAACGUUCAAUAAGGUAUUCAAUCUUUGUUGUAAUACUGACAAUUUCAGAUAUAACUUUUUAUACAUCAAAAUUUAGUCAAUAUCUAUUCAACACCAAAAAUGUUGAGGAUUUAUUACAAGAUCAAAUGUUAAAACAAAUGAAAGAAUUUGGUAUUGAAAACCCUCAAGAUAUUGAUAUAUUUAGUGGUUGA